CUCCGCGCAAAAAUUAAUUGUCCCUCUCUCUCUCUCUCGUUCCACGCCAGCGAAGACGAAGACCCAAGGCUGAUUGCUAUUCCUAUAGAUUGGGGGAGAGCGAAGGAGGUGAAGAAUUUCUCGCCGGAGCUUCAUAUCGUCGAGGGGUUUUUAUAACAGGAGAUUUUUCGCGAUUGCGUCGAAUCGGGAUCCAUUCGGGGGACAGAUGGAGAUAUCGGCCGCUGCGCCGUCGUCCGGGUACGUGGGGGGGAAGGAGGUGGCCGUGUCGACCGACAAGGGGAGGAGGAAGGUCCGUUUCUACCUGAAGCGGAGGGACGGAGGCAAAGAUCUCGCCGUGGUGGGGCGGGGGCGGAGCUCGAGGCACAUGUCCUACCGCUGCGCGUUGCCGAGGAAGUCGGCAAUUGGACUCGGAAAUCACGGGCGGAUAAAGUCCCGAAGGCAGGUCAUUGACUGGUUGUACUCAGUUAUUACUAGUACCAGUACACCGAAGAGGAGAAAGCUGUGUAGAAUCAAGAAUUGGAUCAAACUGGCCAUAGUAACUGUGGCUCCAGGUCCCCCGGUUACCUUUUCCAAAAAAAGGGAAAUUGGUACCGGUUCCUGGUUCAUGUUUCAAGAUAACAUGUCAAUCGAGGCAGAGGAAUGUGAUGAGAUGAGUCCGAUGACUGAAUUGGAAUUUUUGGGUCAUGAAGAAGAGACAUCUGCGAGUGCGACAAACAAGACAAACGAGGGAUUGGUCUCUUCACCGGCAUCGCCACCACCAUCACUGUCACCGUCAUUGUUAUCAUCUAUCUCUACCUCAUCAAGAAUCACUUAUGAAGUGUUCCUGAGUUUUAGAGGUCCUGAUACUCGCAAGGGAUUUGCAGAUUGCCUCUACACCAGAUUAAGUGAAGUAGGGAUCAUGGUCUUUAGAGACAACAAUGAUAUUCGUCCCGGUGAAAAGAUUGAUGAUGCAUUGGUUGAAUCCAUAAAGCAAUCCAAGAUAUCAAUACCCAUUAUCUCCAAGGAUUAUGCAUCCAGUCGAAGUUGUCUCAUGGAAUUGGCACAAAUGUUGGAAUGUAAGAAAGCAGACAGUCAAUCGAUCAUACCCAUUUUCUAUGAUAUUGAUCCCACUGAGCUAAAACACCAAUGUGGAUGUGUUCGGGAGUCCUUCCGGAAGCACAAGAAGCGUAGAAUUAACCCCGAGGACAUUUCUAAAUAUAAGCAGGCUCUUCGAGAGAUUGCUGCGAUGGGGGGGUAUUAUCCGCCGAAUACACACAAUGGGCAUCAAGGUAAGCUCAUAAAGGAUGUUGUUUUAGAUGUCCAACGGAUUUUGAAGAAGAAUGAUUUAGUUAUAACCAACAGAUUAGUGGGCAUUGAAUCCCAUGUACCAGAGGUUAUGAGAAAGCUUGGCAUCAUCUAUGUCAAUGGGCAAGAAAUGAAUAUAUGUGACAAAGAUGUACGCGUGCUUAAGAUAUGUGGCAUACCAGGGGUUGGCAAGACUGCUCUUGCAAAGUUUGUGUACAACAAAAUUUAUCCUCUCUUUGAUGGUCAUAGUUUUCUUAUGGAAAUUCGAAAAAAUGUCGGAUUGAAUGGAUGCAUGCACCUGCAAGAAAAGUUAAUCUCAGACCUCCGAAAGCAAGAACGUAGAUUGCUAAGUACUACUGAUGAAGGAACUAAAAUCAUAGCAAAUUCAUUUAAAAAUAUGAAAGUUCUCAUUUUUAUUGAUGAUGUGCAUGAUUUUGACCAAAUCAAGUAUCUGGUUGGGGAUCUCAGUUGGUUUGGCCCAGGAAGUAGGAUUCUCAUGACUGUUGGAAAAAAAGACAUUCUUGAUAAUUGCAUGUCCAGAGUGGCUGAUAAGUACGAGGUUGAACCAAUGAAGCGUCAUGAAGCUCUUCGACUUUUUCGUAAGCAUGCUUUUGAUGAGGUUGAUGAGUAUCCUCUUGAUGAGCAGUAUGAGUACUAUUCUCUGUCCAUAGAUAUUGUUGACACUAUUGAAGGUAUACCUUUGGCUAUCGAGGUAACGGCUUCAUCUUUAUAUAAGAGGAAAAUAGAUAUAUGGCGAGAUACAUUGAGUAAAUUAAAAAAGAAGCCAGAAAAAAAAGUAGAAGAAGCGAUCAAUCUAUGUUAUGGCACUCUAGAUGACGAAGCAAAAAAUAUAUUUCUUGAUAUAGCAUGUUUCUUCAGUGGAAUGGAUAAGAGACUUCCCUCAUGUAUGUGGCAUGCUUGUCAGUAUCAUCCUUCAAGAGGAAUCGACUCUCUACGUGACAAGUGUUUGGUCAAAAUAGGAGAAAAUGACGAGCUAUGGAUGCACAGUCAACUAAGAGAGUAUGGCAGAGAAAUUGUACGGAGGGAAGAUCGCUGCCCUUGGAAGCGCAGUAGGAUAUGGGAUCACGACGAUGCACUUUCCACCCUUACUAGAAAGGAGAUUGCUGAAAAUGUGGAAGCCCUUGUUCUCACGUCUGAUGAGAAAAAAGGAGAAUGCUUCAGAUAUGAAGGAUUUGGCAAUCCAUGGAGCUUGAGGUUCUUGAGAUUGGAUUGGGCUACUAUUGGAUGGAGUUCUCAGAGUGCUCUUUCGAAUUUAAGGUGGCUUGAUUGGCAAGGGUGCAGCGAGAUUUCUGAAUUACUUAAUUUGCAUUUGGAGAACUUGGUCAUUCUUGAUCUAUCUCACAGUUUGGUCACUAGAAAUUCCCAAGUAUGGGGACGAAUCCUGGAGAAGCCGAAGGAAUUGAAAGUUUUGAAACUUAGUAGCUGUCGUCACCUGGAUGCAUCUCCAGACUUCCAUACUUCAAUGUAUUUAGAGAGAUUAGUUCUGGAACGUUGUUGUCUAUUAUCAAAGAUCGGUCGAUCCAUAGGUAAUCUAAAGAACUUAGUCUCCUUAAAUCUAAAGUUCUGCAAACUCGUCAGAGUCUUGCCGGAGGAACUGCAUUAUCUGGAAGCUUUGGAAGAGCUUCUGAUUGAUGGAACUUCCAUUUGUAUGAUUAAUUUCCGACCAGCCUCUAUGAAGCAACUUAAGAUUUUGAGCGCUUGCCAAUGUGAAGGUUUGGCUUGUAUAUCAGACUCUAUUGGUCACUUGAAAUCUCUGUUGUCUCUUGGACUGGAUGGUGCUGCUAUCAAAAGCCUCCCAGAUUCUGUUGGAUCCUUGAAGAAACUUCAGAGGCUCUGUUUAGGAAAUUGUCGGAAGUUAGCUGAACUUCCUUUUUCCAUUGGGAAUCUGGAGUUGUUGGAAGUCAUGGAUCUAUCAAGCACUAUGAUUUCUAGAUUACAUAGGUCAGUCAAGAAUCUGAAAAACUUGAAAGUGCUGAAGAUGGAGAAUACUCACUUAAGUAAAUUCCCUAAAGAAAUCAAAAAUCUAAAAAAGUUGGAAGAGAUGGAUCUUUCACAAUGCAAGAAUCUGAAGGGGCCAAUUCACUGUGAUAUCAUCAAAGGACUAUCCUCUUUGAAAAUCUUGAGACUAUCAUCUACCAAAAUUUCUGGCCUCCCCGGGAGUGCUGACAGGUUCUCUGAUCUCCAACGAUUAGACUUAGAAGAAUGUGACCAAGUUAGGGUUCUGCCAAUACUUCCACCUAAUUUAAGCAUUCUUCGCUGGGGAUCAAAAAAAAUGAGGACUGUGCCAGACCUUUCUUACCUGAAAAACUUGAAAGAGCUGUACCUGGGUGAUAUAACUGAUACAACGCAGAAAUCUUCCUCCAAGUCACCACAAAUUGGAUGGGUAACAAGCCUAGUGAAUCUAGAAAUCUUAGAAUUGUGCUUCUCAAAGAUUACCAGGCUACCUGAAAAUUUCAGUGCACUUCAACUUAGAAAACUUGUUUUGCACUAUGUGGCCUCACUUGACCUCCGAGAGCUACCUUCUAGCUUAUCAACAUUGUGUCUUCAGCACUGCACGAUUCAAGUUCCACAAUUUUCUAAGGUGAGAGAUCUGUCUGAAUUAGAGCUCAAGUACUGUCACUUGGCAAAGAUGUCACUUGAAGAUUUGAAGCUAUUGGAACUUCUGAAGAUAUCCAACUGCAGUGUGCAAACACUCGAUGGGCUGGAAAAUAUGCUUCGUCUUAGAAAGCUCACUUUAUUCGACUGCCCUUCACUGUCUGAAUUGCCAGAUCGAACAAAGUAUAAGUUCGAAAUAGAUAUGUGAAAUUACUAAGGAAAACAAGGUCGGCAAUUAGGUUACUACUCUCUUCUAUGGUCAGAACAUUGUGGAAGUCGAUUCAAGAAUGAUUCCGAUUUGUGAGUGAAGAUCUUGCCGCCCAACAGACAUUCCAUCUAUCUUCCAAAAAAAAAGUUCAAGGCAACUUUUAAAGGAUGUGCUAAUGGCUACAGUAAUCACGCACUGGGACCUUUGUCAAAGACAGUGCUUGCAGUCAAAUUUUUGUGCAGCGUCCUCUCCACCUCUUUUGACUGCAAUAUCGCCUUAUGUAAUUAGACGGCGAGCCUUCGUGUUCUGGUAAAAGGUUACUCCAUUGUGGACGGAGGUCAUGGGGUCGAGUCGCGGAAACAGCCUCUUCGGGAAACCAGGGGCAAGGCUGCAUGCAGUUAGCCCUCCCCAGCGGACGCGGACCAGCUUUCCCUCCCCAUGAUGGCAUGGUCUAAUCUGCUGGCACCAUGGAAGGACGUACUGACACGUCUCUUCAGAAUUUUCUCUGGGCUCCCCUUCCUUCCGUAUGCAAGUGUCGAACUUUUCUGUUGGUGGGGCAGACCUUGUGGGCUUGAACUUCUCUUUUGGUGGGCCUGAUCUUGUGGGCUUGGACCAGCAAAUUUGUGCUUUGCAACUCUUUUACUUAAUGGUGUGCAAAGGAAUCGGGAACCAACCGGGCCGUCCAGAGCCGGACCGAACUGGCCCAGAACCAGCGGUUCCCAUGGGGAUUGGUCCGGUUCCAGUUGGGGACAGAUUAUUUAGCAAUAUACCGGCUAAGCUGGCUGGAUACUCACUAUCAGAAUGAGGAUUGGGCAAGACUGCAUGGUGCAGGAGGACCUAUGGCUUGCUUUUCUGUUUGUAUGGGAGAUUUGUAGCCUUGAAGUCCAGUGGGUGCACGUUGAGAAGAUAAGCCAAUGGCACUUGAGUGCGGACACAUCAGGUUAUGGAUUUAUUGCAGUGCAAAUUCUAUAAAUACGGGGAUGAAAUGCAGUAAAAGCCAUAGUUUUGGACUUACUCAAGCCAGAAGAGAAACAUGUCCCAAUGCUUUGACAAGCUGUGAAAUUCCCCAAAAGCAGCUUGGAGAAGGACGGAGCAGCUUUUCCAUUUUUGUGGGGGCAUAUCAGAGAGUCAGACUGCGGAAGCAACAUGGUCUGUUUGUGGAAAUCCUCUACUUUGUCCAUAGACUCUUCUCUGAUUGCGCGAAGGUGGUACUGAUGGCCAGAGAAGGCAAACCAAACAAUUCCUUCGACACUGAGAUAGCUUCCAACUUACACUUAGAAGAUUGGAGGUCCAUUUGAACAUACCAGACGUGGCUGUGAAGUUUGGCGGAAAUCAAGAACUCUCAUGCUCACUUUGUCGGAUCAUACUCUCUAGCUUUUGCUUGUGCAAAGCUAGUUGUUUUCUAAUUAUAAUUCUCUGUUGAGAGCUCAAUUCUUAUAAUCUGGAAAAAGAGGGAGCUAAUGCUAUGGUGUUGUGAGAGUUGCUUGUGUUUGUGGAAUCAUCAAAUUAGCUUUUUGUAAAAGCAACACUCUGUACAAAUUAUAAAAUCUCGAGGAUUGUUUAGUGGACUGCAACUUUGUAUGUGGCUAUUAGAGAUAGGAGAAUGGAGCAGGCCAAGUGAAAGGCCGAACCGCUACAAAUCUGUUGUUGGAUAUCUUAUGUCACUUUAGCACCUUUCUUA